UCAUAUUUUUGUUUUCCUAUCGAUGUGUCAUAGUAAAAUAUUUUCUCGUGAGUUAAAUUCCUAAAAUUGAAGUAGAUCACCUAUAUAUAGACUAAUGAGGUUUGUUGUUUUGAUAAAUUAGUUCUCUAAAGGUGUGUUGAAUGGAAAGUUGUUCGUGUCAAUCCUAUUUCCAAUGUAAUUGAGCAACGCAUGUUAUCUACCAAGCUAUAAUAAAAUAAAUCGCCUUGUGAAGCGGAAGAACGCCACCGAGAGGAAGAAACGUUAGACCGUUAGCAUCGCGACGUCGACCGCUAGUCUCCAACUAUUAUUUUAAAUGCUAACAAGAGCGACAACCAAACGACUCUUUAGUUCUUUAGAUUAACCAUAACAUCGGCAUCUUCGAUGGAGGGUGCACCGCACUGCGGCCCGCUUAAAGCUUAAAGAACCACCAACUCCGAAGAACUUUGGAACAGACAGUAAAAGGUUGUGCUGGUAGCGGUAGGACGGGAGAAGGUGAAUGAAUCUCACACACGCGAAGAGGGUGGCCAAAAUUUGAACAAACUUGAAACUGACCAUACACUAAAGCGGUCUCCUCAAAUCAAGAAACUCAACCCAAAGAAAGAAUAUCUCAAAAACAGAAUCAAGUGUGGAGCAUACGAAAGCGGGCGACGACACUGCCUGUGUGUAAGAGUGGGAAAUAGUCGAGCCGCAGGCCCUCAACUUGUUUUUCCACCUGGCUCUUCGUUGGCUCCACCAUGAGGUCUCACCGUGCACAACCGACAAGUCGCGAUUUAGUUUCGUUUUGAAAUUCCACCGAUAUACAGUGAGUGCCGGAACGUCUGUAUGGGAAACGGGCAAAUCGUGAUCGUCGAGCUGGCAAAUCAUUUCAAAUUCCGUUCAAAUUAUACGGAGAAAAGUGAAUCGCACGGUUGACUUGUGGAGAUUAUGUUCGUUUCACGGUGCGUCUAGAGAUUUGCGUAUGGGUUCGGUUGAAAUGGAAACGAAUUUAAUUCGAGUUUUGGAAGGGCAAUCUCUCGACGAACUUACUAGUGAGUUGUGUGAUUUCUCAUUAGAAGAACAAAAUGCUGCCACCGAAGCACAAGGUGUCAAGCCAUUGGCUUCAUCGGACUAUAUUCCGAUUGUGGGUAAAACGGUGACCUACGUGGUGGCUUGUGUGCUAGUAAACGAAAAUAAUGAGGUGUUGAUGAUGCAGGAAGCGAAGGAGUCAUGCGCUGGAAAGUGGUAUCUCCCUGCUGGCCGAAUGGAACCAGGCGAAACAAUUGUUGAAGCAGGGGCACGGGAGGUUCUGGAAGAAACCGGAUUGAAAGUGAAUAUUACAACUUUACUAGCAGUGGAAUCAGCUGGCGGUACGUGGUUUCGGUUUGUGCUAACUGGAAACGUUGUGGGAGGUGAUCUGAAGACCCCUUCUCAAGCUGAUCAAGAAUCGAUUCAAGCCAAGUGGGUUGGUAAUCUGAGCGAGCUUAGCCUGAGAGCGAACGAUAUUCUGCCCAUAAUUGACUUGGCACGGAACCACAGUCGGCGCACUCCCAAAGAUCCCAAUUGGCACCGUGACAUUCUUCCGGCUAGGAAACCUCACUAUAAAAACUAUCUGAGGAUAGUGGUUGCCAUUAAGAACAAAAAUACUAAUCAAGUUUUUGUGCUGCUUAGUGAGAAAACUGCGUAUCAUUUUCCAACAGUCGAAAUCCAUCCCGGUCGCAGUAUACAUUCUACUUUGAAAAAGUUCAUGAUUGAACUGUUUGGUGCAGAUCUACCCCAACAUAGACCCCACGGGGUACUGAGCGUUGAGCACCACACCACUGAUAUACAACCCAACCCCACAGAUGGUGUCUGUAUUACCUUGCUGGUCAUCUGUCGGCCAUCGAUCGAAAGUGUAUCUCUCAUUGGCAAAUGCAUCUGGCACGAGUUGAAUAAGGAACUGAGCAAUCGACUUGCGAUGACCGUUGCGGCGAAGAAUUCCACCAUGCUGCUACAUGUUGUACGAUAACUGAAUGCGUAAUUUCCAGUAUUCGCAAAUUUCAAAUUCACACCUUGUUUUCGAAAGCGUCUAUUUAGUUUGUUCAACCCGAAAUAAAUGACAAAUUUCGUCAAGCAAACCUGCAGCAACCCACGAAUCUCGCCAUCGAGAAAAUAUUAUAGAUAUUAUAUACCGUUCGGCAAGUGCGACUCUUGGAUCUAGCUUUGUAUAGUUUUCUAGUGUAUUCUUGUUUGUAAUAUGUAUGUAUGAUCAACGAAACGAGCCG